GGGCCCCCGCGGCGCGGGGCGGGCGCAGGGCGCGGCGGGGCCGCAGCUGGAGCGCGUGGUGGUGGACGAGAUCGUGAGGCUGAACAAGUCGGGGGCGCUCGCGAGGCCGCUGAGCGUCGGCGCGGUCUCGGGGCCGCUCUCCGCCGUGGACGGGGCGACGGCCUUCGAGAUCCUGGAGGGCCUGCGGCGCGACGCGCGCGGCGUCGACGACCCCACGGAGUGGGUGUGCGAGGCCGCGCGCGCCGUCGCGGAGGGAGGCCUUCUCCCCCGCCUCCGAGCCGGAGGAGGCGCCGCGGAAGGUGCCGAGGACCUGCGCGCCGUCGACGGAGCCACCGCUCGGCGCCUUCGGCGUGGUACCGCUGGCGGCGCUGCGGGCCGCGGGCGGGCGCGGCGGCGCGCCGGCGCGGGCGGUGGCCAGGAGCGGGAGGCCCAAGACCGAGAUGUGCCAGCCGUUCCUGCAGAGGGGGCGCUGCGCCUUCGGGGCCUCCUGCGAUUUCGCCCACAGCGAGGCGGAGAGGGAGGCCGGCCUGGCGGAGCAGCUCCAGAGCCUGCAGAGGCGCCUGGCUAGCUACAAGACGGUCCUCUGCGAGCGCUUCAUGAGGGGCGGCUGCAGAGACGGGGACACCUGCACCUUCGCCCACGGGGAGGAGGAGCUGCAGGGCUUCUGCGGCGUCUCCGCCCCGCAGACGCCGCCGCUGGGCGCCGACGCGGGCGCCCUCGCGCCCGCGACGCCGCCGCUGGCGGCGCCGCCCGCCACGCCGCCGCUGUGCGGCGCGGGCGAGAUGGCACCCGCUACGCCUCCGCUGGGCGGCGCGGCCGCAAUGAUGGCGCCAGCCACGCCGCCGUGCCCCGGGGCGCUGGCGGCGGCUCCGCAGACGCCGCCGCUGGGGGCGUGAAGGACGGGGGUGCGCGGGCACCCCGCGGUGCCACCAGCGUCGGGCUCGCGGCGCGCGGGGGGGGGCGCGCGUCGGGAUGCGGCGCGGCUUCCCCCUCCAGACGCCUCCCGACGUGGCGCGGCGUCGUCCCUCUCC